CCAUGAAUACAAAAAGCUCACACUUCACCACCGUCGUCGGCUCAGACCGCCCUCCGGCUCCCCCCACGCUGCACCUCUCCGAACCAGCCGGCUCCCCUCUGAUUCAACACUUGGGCUCGUUUCAAAAAUAUAAUCUUUAUCUUCCCCACCCCGCCACUGAGUCGCACCACACCAUCGUUCCCCCCCUCUCCUCCUCUCUUGUCCUCAUCAUAACCUCAGAGACCCUCGCCGUCGUUUCCUCCCCCCCAUGGAGCCCCCCAACGGGACUCCCCCGCCGUCCCCUUCCCCUCCCCCGCCGCCCCGCCCCUCCGCCACCCCCCUCCCUCCCCUCCGCGAGGACUGCUGGACCGAGGGCUCCACCUUCGCCCUCAUCGAGGCCUGGGGCGACCGCUACCGAGCCCUCGACCGCGGCAACUUCUCCCAGCAGGACUGGCAGGACGUCGCCGACUCCGUCAACUCCCGCCCCGGCGCCCCCUCCUCCGGCAAGCCCCGCCGCACCGGCGUCCAGUGCAAGAACCGCAUCGACACGCUCAAGAAGAAGUUCAAGCUCGAGAAGGCUAGGGUUUCGGAUCCCCGCGACGGCCCCGGCGGCGGCUACCUCAGCCCCUGGCCUUUCUUCGCCGGCCUCGACGCCCUGAUCGGAUCCAACUUCCCGCCGAGGAAGCCCUCGCGGUCGCCGACGCCCCCGCCGGCAUCCCGAUCGAGGCCGAAGCGAGGGGCCUCUCAGCCGGCUCGGAGCAUGCUGCCGGCGGUGACCGUGCCGGUGCGCCCCCGGAGCCACAACCGGACGAAGCGCGCGCCGGCGAGGUCCCCCGCCGGCGGAUCGUUUUUCCGGCCUGCCUUCUCGGCGGCGGACGAGGAAGUUGCCGAGGGGGAGGGAUCGGAGCGGUCCAGCUCGAGGACGAAAUUGAGGUCCGGGAAGGGGAGCGUGGAGAGGAGGGAGAGAGGGUACGCGGAGUUAGCUGAGGCGAUAGAGAGGUUGGGGCAGAUAUACGAGAGAGUGGAGAGGAAGAAGGCGAGGGAGAUGAUAGAGCUGGAGAAGCAGAGGAUGCAGUUCGCCAAGGACUUGGAGCAGCAGAGGAUGCGGUGGUUCUUGGAGACGCAGAUUCACCUCCAAAAGAUCAAGAAACUGAAGCAGACUCCAAUCGACGAGAGUUAUUUGUAGAUGGUCAUGUCUGGGAGAGUCUGCAAGUCCCAGCUCCAAACAUGGUAUCGGCUUUCCUACCUGCAAAAAUGUUCCGGUCGUCUCUUAAGUGAGAGUUAUCAGAAAGGUACUCUUCGACGAAGCUCAGGAAGAAGUUUGGUUGCUUUUUGUAUUUUGUUGGUUAGGCCAGUUAGUUUAACGUUUCUCUGUGGGCAAGAAGUGCUAGAAUUUACAGAUAAUAGGUUGGAUUGACCAUGUUUAUAUUAUAUCCCAGAUGUAAAUUUCUCCUUUUUCUUGAGAAGCUUGCACAGGACUUCCAUGCUGGAGGUGAUCUAGGCCCGAUUGUUCAAUGCUUGAACUUCUUAAGUUAUUGGUAUAUUCGAGGUAAUUGAGAA